AUGAGUUGGUCCUCGUUUUUUGUUCCGGUUAAUAGAUCUUGUCCUUCAAUUAUCUCUUGCAUUAUUGGUUGA